AUGCUACCAGGUUCGUCUUCCUGAAAGACAGGCCUGGCUAUGCUUCUGCACCAAAAAACUCACGUGGCCUCCUGUCUGUGUAGGUUUAAUCUUGUUCAGCGAACAGCACAAGCUUGUACAGCUCUGGCCUUUAAUCUUCGUAGGAAAUCUGAAUUCCUUGUGGCAUUAGCUGAUUAUUCAAUUAAAUGUUUUGAUACAGUCACCAAGGAGCUCGUUAGCUGGAUGAGAGGACACGAGUCCUCAGUGUUUUCCAUCUCCGUGCAUGCGUCCGGGAAAUACGCCAUCACCACUUCUUCUGACACAGCUCAGCUGUGGGACUUGGACACCUUUCAGAGGAAAAGAAAGCUGAACAUCCGCCAGUCUGUGGGUAUUCAGAAGGUUUUCUUCCUACCAUUGAGUAAUACCAUCCUCAGCUGUUUUAAGGACAGCUCUAUCUUUGCCUGGGAAUGUGAUACACUGUUCUGCAAAUAUCAAUUGCCAGCUCCCCCUGAAAGCUCUAGUAUAUCCUACAGAGUAUUUGCUGUGACCAGAGAUGGCCGGAUCCUGGCUGCCGGCGGCAAAUCCAGUCAUCUUCAUUUGUGGUGCUUGGAGGCUAAACAGCUCUUUAGAAUUAUCCAGAUGCCUACCAAAGUCCGAGCCAUCCGCCAUCUAGAAUUUCUUCCUGACAGUUUUGAUGCUGGUUCUAAUCAGGUUCUUGGAGUGCUAAGUCAAGAUGGUAUUAUGAGAUUUGUCAACAUACAGACUUGUAAACUUCUGUUUGAAAUUGGGAGCCUUGAUGAAGGAAUUAGCUCAUCAGUAAUUAGCCCACAUGGACGAUACAUUGCAUCUAUUAUGGAAAAUGGAAGUUUAAACAUAUAUUCAGUUCAGGCUUUAACACGAGAAAUAAACAAGCCACCUCCUCCUUUGGUGAAAGUGAUUGAAGAUUUGCCCAAGAAUAAACCGAGUUCUGGUGACCUUAAGAUGAAAGUGGUGACGGGAAGAGUACAGCAACCGGCAAAAUCCAGGGAAAGCAAAAUGCAAACUAGAAUAUUAAAGCAAAACCUGGUCGGAAACAUUGAAAGUGAAGAGAAUGACUUGCCAGAGGGACUCAACAAAAAGCGUUUGCAAAUCUUACUAAAAGGCUAUGGUGAAUAUCCAACAAAAUACAGAAUGUUCAUUUGGCGCUCCCUGCUUCAGCUGCCUGAAAAUCACACUGCGUUUAGUAGCCUCAUGGAUAAGGGGACGCACGUGGCGUUUCUCAACCUUCAGAAGAAGUACCCCAUCAAAAGCAGGAAGCUUCUCCGGGUGCUACAGAGAACCUUGUCUGCCCUAGCCCACUGGUCGGCCAUCUUCAGCGACACACCGUAUCUUCCACUCUUGGCAUUUCCGUUUGUAAAAUUGUUCCAGAACAACCAGCUCAUCUGCUUUGAAGUUGUUGCUACUCUCAUAAUCAAUUGGUGUCAACACUGGUUUGAAUAUUUUCCUAAUCCUCCCAUCAAUAUUCUUAGCAUGAUAGAAAACGUUUUGGCAUUUCAUGACAAGGAACUGCUACAGCACUUCAUAGAUCAUGAUAUAACUUCCCAGCUGUAUGCCUGGCCGCUCCUUGAGACGGUGUUCUCAGAAGUGCUGACACGGGAGGAGUGGCUGAAGCUGUUCGAUAAUGUCUUUUCCAACCAUCCCGCCUUCCUCCUGAUGACUGUUGUAGCCUAUAGCACCUGCUCCAGGGUGCCUCUGCUCAGCUGCAGACUCAAGGAUGAUUUUGAGUAUUUCUUUCACCACCGGAAUAACCUGGAUAUAAAUGUUGUGAUUAGAGAAGUUUAUCGUCUCAUGGAGACCACGCCCACUAACAUUCAUCCAGGCAGCAUGCUUGAUGCUUUUGUUGCACUGACGAAAGGACAAUAUCCAGUGUUUAAUCAAUAUCCAAAGUUUAUUGUGGACUAUCAGACACAGGAACGCGAAAGAAUAAGAAAUGAUGAGCUGGAUUACUUAAGGGAGAGGCAGACGGUUGAAGACUUGCAGGCCGAAGUGGACCAGCAGAGGGCUGAAGACGAAGCCUGGUGCCAGAGGCAGGAGCUGCUGCGGAGAGCCGAGGAGGCGAGGCGAGAGGUUCUCCUGCAGGAGGCGGGGAAAAUGGCGCAGCAGAGGCAGAGACUAGCUGAUGUGAAAAGAGAGCUGAGAAUGACAGAGACACCCUUACAAGACUCUGCGCGAUGGCGUUUUCUGAAGCUUCAGCAGGAUCAGCGGGAGAUGGAGCUGCAAAGGCUGGAUGAUGAGAUGGGGAGCAAGAUGCAUAUGCGAGAUCAAGAAAUUGCUGCCAGAGCCAAAGACCUGGAAGUGAGAUGGCUGGAACUCGAGUCACAAAAAAGGCUUUUUGAGAAGGAUCUUGGUGAAAGGCAAGAAGCUGCUGCAAAGGCAUUGCGAGAAGAUGCACGUGCCUUUAGGCAAAGAGUGGACCUCGAAGAGCACAUGAUUCACAAACUGGUGGAAAUGGGUGGAGCCCAGGGCCAGAAGACUCAGCAGAUGACGGAAGAAGAUCUGGCAAAAACUGAACAAGCGUGCCUGAAUACUGACUGGAAAAUUCAAGCUUUGCAGAAACAAAAGUGUGACGAUUUGCAACGAAGCAAAUGUUGCCAGGAAGUAGCCAGACUCAAAUGUUGCCAGGAAGUAGCCAGACUCCUUCGGGAAAACAGAAGGAAAGAAAUAGAGGUGUUAAAUGCAGUGUUGGAGGAGGAAACGAAGAAGUGGAGGGAAGCCGGCGACAAGGAGUCUUGCUUGAGAUCGGCGAAGCAAGCGUCUGCUCUUUCGGAUGCAUCCCGGCAGGGGCUUUUACAGCAGGAGAUCAGUGCUGCCAGAGAACGUGCUGGAAGCCCCCCUGAAAAAACUUCCUUAAGUCGGAGAGCCGCAGGAUGGGACACCGCGGAGCAGACUCUCAUCAAGAAGGUGCGAGAGCUGCGCCAGAGGCUUGCUGCCCAGGCCCGCCAGCGACGCCAGGCCCCGGGUCUCCUGGCGGCGUGAGGCCGCCCACCCUGAGGUGGCUGCGGAGAGACAUGCCCGCUUUGCAAUCAGUGACGCCGAUCUCUAGAUCUUUUGUUUUAAGUUCCCGUGAGGAUCAGCCUUGUGCAUGAAAAAUGUCCAUAAAGACUGUGUGUCGUGUUUCA